CAAACAUGCCGUUGCGUCCAUACAAGUCAACCUGUGAAUAGCCAAAAUCAAGAUAUGGCGAUGGGUCCACAAAAUCCUGGAGCCGUGGUACCGGUUGAUGAUUCUGGCAAACCAAAAGAGAAGAGGAAAAAACUUAAAGGAAAGAGGGCCGUAACAAGGUUUUUGAAAUCCUUGAGAUGGAAAAAGAAAAAGGAAUUUCAGAGAAUGACUGCUGAGGAGAAGAUUUUAUACAAACUGAAGCUAGCUCGAAAGAAGGAAGAACGGCUUCUUGCAGCUUUGAAGAAAAUUGAACCAAAUGAACCAUCAGAACCUACACAUGAUCCUGAAGUUCUUACGCCUGAAGAACACUUCUACUUCCUCAAGAUGGGCCAAAAAAGUAAAAACUAUGUGCCUGUUGGAAGGCGUGGAAUUUACCAGGGAGUGAUCCUGAACAUGCAUUUGCACUGGAAAAAACAUCAGACCUUACAGGUAAUUGUGAAGACAUUCACACCGGAGGAGGUUAAGGAAAUUGCCUCAGAGUUAGCUAUUCUAAGUGGUGGUAUUGUACUCAGUAUUGAAGAAGGAAAUACAAUUAUUAUGUACAGAGGAAAAAACUAUGCACAACCACCACCAGAGAUAAUGUCUCCAAAGAUUGCUCUUCCUAGAAAGAAGGCACUGGAUAAAUCAAAACAUAGAGAUAACCUUCGAGCUCUUCGGCGGUACAUACCCAGGCUUGAGCAAGAGCUUGAAGAUCUUCAUGCCCAGAUGAAGUUAGCUGGAGGGCAUAGAGGACAAAGUGUGGUGAAAGACGUUGCUUUUGUUUCAGAUUGUGCAGACACUAUCUCUGUGAAAAAGGAUUCUUCUAACUCAAUUCACACGAGAAGUGUAUCUGAACUUCUAUCAGAAAGCAUAGAAAGGUCUGAGAAGCUGGACGGUGAAAACUCUGAGGUUGAUGAUGAUUCAACUUCAGAGUCUAUCCCAUAUUCAGAAUCGGAGGAUCUCUCUGACAUGUUUGAGACGGAUUCAGAGGAGCAAGUAGAAGAUAGCAAGGAGCGUCCUCUGUACCUAGAUAGGCUGGAUAAGUUUCCCACAGAAAACAAUGAUAAUGAACCCGAUGACUUUGAGGAGCAUCUGCGGAAGAUUGCUUCACUUUCUGAUAGGACAGAUUCACCUGCAAAAGAACUGAAAGUCUCCGAGCUUGAUGAGAUCGAUAAAAUAUUCCUAAGAGCUAGUUCAUUGCUGAAGAAAAGAUGACAUUUAAUUUGGAAUCUGUAGCAAUCUGCUUGAGUCUUAUUAGCUAAGCAUGUACGUGUGUAGUUUACUGGGAUGAUCUUGAAGAGGAAUUUUAUGUAUAAUGUUACAUGGUCGCGGGCUGGCAAAUACUAGACUGACAUUGAAAUCUUGCUGAAGCCCAGACAGGAUUUUCACGACUUCUUUAUCUUACUGGAACCUAGCGAGCUCA